CCGAUACAAGCUCUUGCACGCAGUGCGUGACGACGUUUCCCUGAAACAAUGUAUCCCGGUGUUUUUCAGCGACGUGAUGGAAAUUCGAUGGACAGCGCUAGUCAUCACCAGUGCCUGUCUGUGUAUCAGCGGAGCCUUGGUCUCAGCGGCUUCUGCCAAGUACUACACUUCAGUCACACCCUGGAAACAAUGGACUAUUGGGAGGAGGCCAUGCGAAGGCGUGCAAGGCGAAACUGGGCUUUGCAUGUUCAACUGGGAAUGCAUCCGCCAGGAAGGCACCAUGCUGUCCGCCUGCAUGGACGGCUUUCUACUGGGCGCCUGUUGCAAGCUUCCUGACGAAGCAAACGUCACCACGGCUGCCUGGACUGAGGCGAGCACGUACACGACCGAGGACUUAUCCAAAGUCAACAGCGUCGUCACUGUGGACGCCAGUUCUCUGCCGUCUACAUCUGACACGCACCCCGAAGCAUCGCGCCUUCCUCCCAGCACGACGACGACGACGACGACAACGACGACCGAAGCACCCACGACAGUCAAUGUGAGACCAACGACGGUGUUUUCAAGACCCAGGCCUACGACGUUGUGGCCUGUGCUGAGGCUGCCCACAACGCUGAAACGGCCGGUCGUCGUGCGUCCGACGCAACCACCGCAGGCGACGACCUUGACUAAUCACCACAAGCCACCGGGCCUCACUGCACCGGCCGUGACCUCAUGGAUGACGACACGGCCCAACGUACUAUUCACACCGACCAAGUUAGCCAUGCGCCCUUCGCCGUUCGUCCCUUCAACUAUGUACGUGCAGCGACCCUCACUGCAAGCUGUACUGGCGAGCACGCCUAUAGGGAUGCUUAGUUCUUUGAUAACAAGACCUUUCCUUCGGCCAGUCACGAUGGCCAUGAAAAUGCGCCCGACGAUGGCCACAUUAAAACCGGCCAAGAAAACUACACUGAUGACCACGCAGUCCGACGCAGCGACCUACGCCAACGCUAGAGAACACAUCUACCACGGCACAGACAACAUAUUCGCGACCUACGCCAACGAAAAAGUACGUAACAGGGACAGGGACGCCAUCCCAAACUAUGACUGCGUACGAUUCUCCGAGCGCAGCCCCGUCGCAGACAACGCCUGCACAAAAGUAUGUGUCUACCACUGAAUCCAUGUUGCAAACUACUUCGACGCAUGAAUACGAGUCUCCGACUGCAAUUCUGGCGCAGUCUACCACUCCGCAAAAGUACGGUUCAUCGUCAACUCACUAUCCGUUAUCUCAGUCCUCGUUUCACACAGUGCCAUCCACCAUCGGGGGAUUCGCAUCCCAUGCUGUCAGCAGGCUUCCACCAUCAACACUGAAUGACCUUUCGGAUCUGGAUGUCGAGGUAAAGACUCCUGUGUAUCACACGACCCUGGGUAUACUUCUACCCAAUGAAGGCGGAAACGCGCACACAACACAUCACCCCGAGUUCGUCGAUCUAACGGAGACGACCACAGCGCAACCACCACCGACGAACGUGAUGGAGUACACUUUGGACUUCAACGUCGAAGAUCGACCGACAGUGACCGAGCACGUGUAUGGCACCGCGACUGGCCCGACGUCAUUCGGAGAGGUCACGGACGUCACCGUUUCUAACGUCGCUUCGGCGAUCGCAUCGUCUUCGACAGAGCCGUUCUCUACGCCGCGGCCGUCCACGACGACCAAGAAGCUCAAAACGCGCUCACCGACGAUGACCCAAACAAAGGCUCGACCGUCGACGGCAGCCUCCAAACCCAUCCCGACCAAGCCUCGCCCGCCAUCAUCCCCGACGACAAUUUCCAACGACAUACAGCACGUGACCUAUCCUUCAAAGGCGACGCUGUGGCCGUCGACCGUCUUCAAAAUGCCGCUUAGGACAACACUCGGCACCAGGCCUGCGCAAAGCACUCUGUUUACGAGCACCGCCACUGUGCCUGUGUCGACCGAUCCGGUUCAUCUGACCUCGACCACGCCUCAAACGACGUCCACGCUGCCCAAGCGCACAAAGAAGCCCACGAAGUCUACGACGACGAUGGUGGUGAGUGGGCCGAUACCGGUAAAGACGACAAUGUCGAUGACAACCGCGACGAAGCCAAAAAGCACGCCGAAGCCCACGAAGCCAGUUCUCGCCAUGCCGUCUCGUCCCGCGAAGCCCACAAAGACGCCGCUGCCCAGCAAGUCCCCGACAAAGAAGAGUACCCCGAAGCCGCCGUCAAAGAUACCACCGCCGUUAAGCACGUUCACGCAUGCCUCAACAACAAGCGUGAAGCCGACAAUGGAGCCCGUCGUUAACGGCACGGGUCUGCCGACAGCAACGAGCAGUCAGCAGUGGGACUACCGUAAACACUGCGGAGUCAGGCCGUUACAUCCCCAGGGCCGGAUCGUCGGCGGAAGGAACUCGUUCAUCGGUGAAUGGCCGUGGCAAGUGCUCGUGAAGGAAGCUACGUGGCUUGGCCUGUUCAUAAAGAAUAAGUGUGGCGGCGUGUUGAUCAGCGACAAGUACGCACUGACUGCAGCCCACUGCCAGCCGGGGUGA